GUGAAGCUGACCAUCCUGUCCACUUUUUAGGGGCUAUUGCGUCACCUUGUGGUUGACCGCGGCACCGCGUUGUCGCAAUUCAGUUUUGCAUCACGACAAGUCAAACCCAUUUCUCUCAAAAGAGAGCAUGACAACCUAAAACCACCCCACAAUAUUCACGUUUCAACUCUUUUGGCAAGAGCUUUAAAGAAUGUCGAGGCAUUUAUCCUUAUCAAACAAGACCAUCAUUGUGGGAAACCUCCACAGAUGUGUGACGGAGGAGAUUCUGUUUGAAUUGUUUCUUCAGGCUGGACCGGUGGACAAGGUGCAUAUAUCCAGAGAUGGACAGCAGUCGCCUUAUGCAUGCGUUUAUUAUAAGCAUGCCGAAGCUGUUCCCUAUGCAGUUGAACUUCUCAAUGGAAUCUGGCUGUAUGGGCAACCAAUCAAGUUACAGUGUAAUAAUGGAGGCCAUUAUCAUAGGAGUGACGUGUUUGCAUUCCACAUGGAGAAUGGACUGAUAACAAACAGUGCUGAUUCUGCUUAUAGGGAUAAUAUGGUUUCAAAUUUAAAUGGGUGUCCAGGUGUGGAGAGUCAUUCUAAUGGUUGGAGUGACAUGGUGUACAGCAGACCUCUGGAUGCAUGUUCUCCAGCUGUGUGGUACUGUCCUCCUCUCCAGCAGUGGAUGGAUUCUGGAUAUCCUCCUUGGACGUCCUGCCUGAAUGAGAAUGUGUUGCUCUGUAGGUCAGCAGGUGCCAAAAGACGACCAUACGGUGGGCACUCUUCAAACACCCCGACCCCUCUUACACCCACACAUGCACAGUAUUUUACUAAAUCAGACUGUACGCUGUAAAUUAUUAAUAUCUGCAAAUGCUCUAAUAAAGCCAUAUAAAUGCAUCUUACUUGUUAUUUGUGUUUUGCUGAUAAACUUGACGUGAUUAAAAAGUCAACGAC